AUAUCUUGCCGAGCCGCAGUAACCUGGGAGGCUGCCAAGCCCGCUGUCAUAGAAACAGUUGAGGUUGCGCCACCUAAAGCGAGUGAAGUGCGAAUCAAGAUGAUCAACACAGGUGUCUGUCAUUCAGACAGCACAAUGGCGAGCGGAAACAAAGGAGAUUUCUUUCCAGUUGUACUGGGGCAUGAAGGAAGUGGCGUUGUAGAAAGCGUUGGGGAAGGAGUCACUACAGUGAAACCAGGUAAAUAAAUACAUGCAGUCAACUCUCUCUCUUGACAACAAACGUCUUUUAUGAAAAUGAAGAAAUGAUCGUCGCAGUGAACGCAAUUAAUGCAAUUGCGUAAAGAAGCCUGAAAAAAAUUCAGGACUUCAAUGGGGUUUGAACCCGUGACCUCGCGAUUACCGGUACGAUGCUCUACCAACUGAGCUNUGGCGAGCGGAAACAAAGGAGAUUUCUUUCCAGUUGUACUGGGGCAUGAAGGAAGUGGCGUUGUAGAAAGCGUUGGGGAAGGAGUCACUACAGUGAAACCAGGUAAAUAAAUACAUGCAGUCAACUCUCUCUCUUGACAACAAACGUCUUUUAUGAAAAUGAAGAAAUGAUCGUCGCAGUGAACGCAAUUAAUGCAAUUGCGUAAAGAAGCCUGAAAAAAAUUCAGGACUUCAAUGGGGUUUGAACCCGUGACCUCGCGAUUACCGGUACGAUGCUCUACCAACUGAGCUAUGAAGCCACUGACGUUGGGAGCAGGUCAAUUGUGGGUUCAUAUGUUCCGUGAAAGAAAUGAGUGUUUUAGACGGAUAUGCCCCUAAAACGAACGCCUAUACUUAGUAUUCUGCAGUCAUCUUCCCGUUACAAAGCAAAACCUCUCUGUGAUGGCCCGUUAGUGCCAGUCCUACUCCGUUAAGCACAGACAGACCAACAUUUGCUUUUCAAGGGUUUGGUUGAGGAUAUUAAGUGUCACAAAAUUUACAAGAAAUUGUAUAGCGAAACUAUUCGUACAGGUUUUGUUAAAAUAUGCGCUAAAAAAAUUCGGUAAAAACCAACGUUUCGAGGGCGUUCCAUCAAGCAACUGCUUUGAGAAAAGAAGAGGAAGUGCACUCAACACGUUCGUCUUUUCCGAACUUUUCGGCGUACAUUUUAACAAAUAUUUGAUUUUUAUUAAGGAUAUUAAACCUUACUCUGAGAGAGGAUACAAGCUCCGUACAUAUCACUUAUUUUGCGUUGUCUUUAGGAGACCAUGUUGUACUAACCUGGGUCCUUAAUUGUGGAGAAUGUAAGCUUUGCCAGAAUCCUUUGACCAAUCUGUGCAGCAGGUAAAUGUAAAUAAAAUGUUACCUAAACGCGAUCCGUAUAACCUUAUUUUUACCUUCCGUUCUUCCUUCUUCCUUCCUCCGUUCCCUUUUGCUUUAGUUUCUUUCCUUUUUCUUUCCCUCGAAACAAAUUGAAUUUAAACUUUAAUGUGGAAUUAACCGUUGAUUUUGUCCAAUGUUCUACAAUAGUUUCGCGCUUGAUAAAGCCGUAUUGCUUGAUGGAACAACAAGGAUGACAUGCAAAGGAAAGAGUAUAAAGCAAUUGACCAGGCUUGGAACCUUCAGUGAGUACAUCGUCGUUCCUGAAAUACUUGUUGUGAAGGUAGGUGCGGGGACUACUCAACCUGUGCAAGGUUUGACCUUCUCAAAAGAACACUACAGUCUAACUCGGCCGGUUUACGGACAACCGCUUAAUACGGACACCCAUUAAUGCGGGUAACUGACACUUUUUUCAUGCCCAAUCAACAGAUUCUCAUCGAAAGUUAACCUCGCUAAUGCGGAUACUUCAUUGUCAGGUGUGCGCUGUAAUAGACCUUUCCUUUUUGAAGGUGAUAAAAACCUUCAGUUGACAGCAUGUCCAUGUCCCCAGCGCUACAAUACACCGGAUGAUUCGUAGACGUCAAUUUCAGACUACUUUGGCAUGCAUCAAACAAGUUAUGCAGAGAACUGUUUUGAUUAAGUAAUACAGUAUAUAGACGAACAAUUUUUGAGUGUUUCCAUGGACUUAGUCCGCGGAAUGACGGGUUUGUGAAGGUUAGAGAAUGAUGUGUAAAUUGUCGAUGCUAAUGUCCUCUUUUAUUUGUUUGUAUGAAAAGGGUGACGUUUUUCAGGCGGACACCCCGUCAACACGGACACUUUCUUUGGCCUCUUCCGUAUUAACGCGGUUUGACUGUUUAAUGGCCCAUUUUCAACAUCGCAUGACUUUUUGAAUCGCUCGAAAACUGUUUUGAAGCCUCUGCAAACGCCAUUUUUAUUUUGUACUAUCCAAAACGAGCCUUCCCCACCGUUAGAAGGGUCAUGUGAUAUUGAAAUCGGGCCAUUGCCAAGGUAGCUCACAACAAUUUAAAGCAUCAUUGCUUGGCACUUCUCAACGGCAAAUGAUAGCUAUACCUUUGUAACUAACAAGGACAUAACCCCACGUCAUUGUCACGUUGUUUUUCUUCAUGAAGAUACCUCAAGAUGUUCCACUGGACAAGGCCUGCCUGCUAGGUUGUUGUGUAACCACUGGAUAUGGUGCUGCAAUUAACACCGCGAAGGUAACACAACACACAUCGUAUAUACUAAUGUAACACUGAUCGAUGUGCGGAAGUGAUGUGAAAGGGGCAGGAUAACCUGCGAACGCAGACGUAUUUCCAGUCGUCGCUUCCCUCGACCCUUUUCGGGUGGAGAGAAGCGCCAACCGGAAAUAAGUCUGCGUUUGCAGGCUAGGGGCGGGAGUGCCUUUUCAGAAAAGUGGAAUUAAACCCCUAAAUUAAACCAAUCUGGGCGUGGUUCAAGCUUGAUUUUACCCAUAUACCAACCUCGUCCCCAGGGCUUUUCCCUCAAAAAUGGGUGGGGCGGACAGCCAAAUAAGAGCUAUAGUUAUUUUAAUUCCGAUAAUAAUGACGUUGUGAUUGAUUCUUUCUUUCUUCUUUUGCUUUCUUUAUUUCGCCUCGCAAAGCUUCAAGUGAGACCUUUAAGGGUAAAAAGUGGCGUUACAUGCUACUACGAUACGACGACUAUUGCCACCCGUUUCCAGAUAGAUGACCAUGACUUGUAAACAGCCUGCUCAAUGCCCAGAGAUAACAUAAUAACCUUGUUAACGUUGGCCAGCUACGAAGACUCUUUUUCUCUCAUCAAAUCGUGCUGAAGUCUGUAGAAAGGCAGAAACAACACAAGCAACAUUUUACCUACACUUUACUUAGGAAUUUUUCUCGGUUUAAAAAUAUUUUUGAAUGGUCAGUUUUAUUUCCCUUACAAACUCUUACACAACGGUUGGGUUGCCUGUUACCAAACCGCUAAGGUGAUGUAGCUGGCCUAGGGUCAAUUUAAUAAAACUUUUACAAGUGUAGCCAUUGUUUUAGAGUCAGAAAACAAUAGCUACAUUUGUAAAUUACACUUGUAAAAGUUUUGUUAAAUUGACCCCUGGUGAUGGUUGCACCUCAUUUUUAAGAGCUCUGAAUUCUUUUUGUUCUUUUUCUAGGUAAAGCCUGGAUCUAGUGUGGCCGUGUGGGGACUGGGCGGAGUUGGGCUUUCUGCAGUGAUGGGUUGCAAGGCUGCUGGUGCCGCGAGGAUAAUUGGAAUUGAUAUUAAGCCUGAUAAAUUUCCUUUAGGUUGGUGGUACUUUUAAAAAAAAAAACAUCUUUAUGAUUUAUUCACCGAGCUUAGCAUUUAUCUUCUUUCACAACUGAUCAUCGCACAAGAUGCAUCCGAGAUUGCUGGUCGGCCUAGAAAGUAUGCAAGACGCGUUUCACAAUAUGAAUUUCUGUUAAAUAGCGUAGACAAAGCCUGCCCGAGAGCAAGCACACGAUUUGAGAACGCGAGAGGAGAGGAGUCAAGUGCGUCACGCGCAAAGUGCGUGACCUACGGCUCUCGUGAUUUCCAGCCACCCGCGAGAGCUUGCCCUAAGACUCGGCCCAACCCCCCGGGAGUUCCUCCUUAGCUCAGUGGUUAUAGAACCCCACCAUGGCUGUUCAAGGACGCCGAUCCCGUUGAAAUGUUUUGUUUGUCCCCGGUUUUGUUUCAUCUUUCUUGUACGAAAGAGAGCGAAACAACAACAACCACAAAAACACCAUCAAAAACAGAAACAAAACAAAAUUAGUCAAAAAAUUAAAAAUUCAAUAUUAAUCCGAUUGAAGACACAUAAAAUCAAAGAAAACGAAUUUUUGCAAUUUCCCCCUGCCUCUUAGUCUCCCUCGCAGCCGUUUCGUUGCGUGACGAUACUAAAAACGGCUGCGAGGGAGACUACCUGCCUCUCUACUUGCGAUGUUUUGUACAGUCAAACACCUCCUUAUUACGGACAGUUUCUUUGCCCCCGCGGUGUCCGUAUUAACGGGGUUUGUUUGUAAUUAUUUUCUUCCAGCAAAAGAGUUGGGCUGCACUGAGUGUAUGAACCCUAAAGAUUAUGAUAAACCUAUCCAGCAGGUUUGUUUUAACCUGGUUUCAACGUAUAUUGUCUUAUAAAUCAUAAUACUAGCUAAAGACCGUUUGAUUCUAAGGGGUUGUUCACAUGAAGGGAGCAAGCUCCUAGCACCAGGAAGAUCCAAGAACGCGGAUCAUCCUGGCGCCAUAUGUUUCAUCUGUAUUCAGUCUACAGGCAAAAAGUUUUACCUAUCCCUAGCGCUAGGAUCUUCCAAGCUGAGAGGUAGAACGAUCCUAGCUAAUACUAGAAAGAUCUUAGUUGUUGAAAGUUGUUCCGUGUUCUAGGAUUCCCCCCCCCCCGCCUUUUGUUAACAGCCCCUUUUAAAAACGAAGGCGUUUAUGAGGACGAGAUUUUCUCAAUACUAAGGUGAUUUUGGCGGGAAAUGUUAUAGCCGUCAUCAUUCUAAAAAACUAUAAGUUAAACCUCCUCCUCGUCCUUUAAUAGGCUGAUUUAGCAACAGAACGGCAACGUCAUUUGACGACGGGAAAGCGUGCAGUAAGGACUAAACUCGACUUCCGAUGCCCAAUUUGCCGCUGGGCCAUUGCUCCGAGCCAGCUGUUUGAUUUGCGCGCCCCGUCGUCAGCUGACGUUCCCGUUCUGUUGCUAAAUCAGCCUGAUGUAAAGGUCUCUACUGAGAAGAUUUGGUAGACGAGAGAGCGGAAUAAAACAUCCUGAAUGAAAGCAAUUAGUCUCCAGCACAUGCUUCUCCGUAAUUCACACAGUGAAUCUCUGAUCCACUGCAGUGACUCCGAGUAUAAAUACCUAGUAAUACAUGAAUACCUAAAUUCUCAAUUGGUAGAGCGCUGGUAGAUCCUGUCUACAGGUCGCGAGUUCAAACCUCGCCGAAUUCAAGACCAUCAAUUUCUUUAAUUUCUGUAUUAUCCCAUUUUCCUUUCUACAAAGUGUUGUUCCGAAGGAUUUAUAGAGUUUCUUACUUCUAAGCACUUCAAAAAAUUACACAAUUUACACUUGAGUUCUCGUCCCAGCUAUAACCUAUUGAUCUAAAAAACGUCCAGGUACUAUGGGAACCGAUAUUAUUGCUGAGAGAGAACAAUUCUUGUCCCCAGAGCCUACUGUAUAUACCUCACAGCCCGCGAAGGCCUCCUUGCUCCUGGUUCGAAGGCUACGCCGACUAAGAGCCUGCUUACGUAGAGGUGGGGGACCCCAGGUAGGUGAGGUAACCCGCUUUGGUGGGGGAACCCACCUGUCCAUAUAAUCUCUCGUAAGGUCACCCCGCCUACCAUACAGCCGUGAUUAAAUUAAAAUCAUAGGAAAGAUUAUAUAGACAGGCGAGUCACCUAAGCGGGUAACCUUACCUACCUGGGAUCCAGGGAACAAGAUCGUCUUUAUUUUAUUCUCAUGCUAACAGACCCGUGAACAAAAAAGGGACACCUCAAGCCCCUUUCCUAUUCAAAGGCCAUGGAGCCCGUUUCUCGAAAGUCCCGAUAAUUAAAGGGCCCGGUAAGCUGUCUCCGUUUACAUUAAAGAUCGAGGUUUCAAUAGUUUUGCAUCUAACAUGGUAAAACUAUCAGUUAAUGAAACAAAAUGGAGUAGUUUGCUUGCCAGAACCCCUGCUCUUAUUCUUUAUAUUUCGAUUUAAAUAUUUGAUUUCGGGUCCGUAAAGUUACUGGGACUUUCGAGAAACGGGCCCCCAAGGCACUAAGCACACUACUGUGAAAAUGGUCUAUUUUUCUAACAGACAGACUCACUUGGCUCUUAACGCCGCAACAACUGAGCAACAAACGGCCCAGUUGGAUACUGAACACAGCCCGGCGACUGAGAACUGAUAUUCCCAUGAUUUACUAAGUGUUUGCCGAUCACAAUGUCAUAUAUAUAAGCUCUUUUUCACUUUUGUACUUUUGACUCUGUAGGUCUUAACUGAAAUGACUGAAGGAGGACUGGACUUUACGAUUGAAUGCAUUGGAAACAUUGCAACAAUGGUUAAGAUUUAUUAGUGUUAUUUCGUCUCCAUAGCUGUCUUCUAAUACGUAGAAGUUGUCUUCGAAGGUUGUACGAAGGUUAAAAACAUUGUAUUUAUGCAUCUAGUCAGAGAUUAGAGAAGGGCUUUCCAACAUUUGCUCAUGAAGCGCGCAAGUCUACCUCCAUAUAGUCAUCGUGGUACUAGAGAGGAAAAAAAUGCGUCUAUGAUCUGUUUGUAACAGUUAACGCAUAUUUCUCGAACAUUAUGUUCUUUUUAGACUGGGAGAAGUCUUAUCCUCUUUGAAGGGGUAUAGAUAGUGGGAUUUUAUGUAACACGGCGCUAGCGGCAAGGCCGCGAGUAGCGAGAAACGAGGGCGUCGUUUCUUGCGUCUUGCGGCUUUAAUUUGUCGAUCGCCACUUACGUGUUACACCACUGAAUCUAAAAAGAAAAGUAAGAGACUGCUCCGGUCUAGGUAAACUUUAGUCACAAGAAAAAUUAAGGAUUAGAAUCAAUUAAUUACAAUCUAGGAGACCAUAAUAAAAAGCAGAGGAAUUCUGGUAAUUUAAGACUGAAAGUGUAUUAAUCGUGGUAAGGAUAUCGGGGUUAGAUUUUCACCCACCCUUCCCUCCCACUAUAAGCUAACAUGAUACUCAUUAAAUAUUCUCUGAAUUUCUAGCGCGCUGCAUUUGAGUCAAGUCAUGUUGGUUGGGGAACAACUGUUAUAGUUGGCGUGGCACAAGAACAACUGUCAGUAAAUCCUGAUCAUUUGCUGAUGGGAAAGAAUAUAAUAGGAUCACUCUUUGGAGGUAUGAGUCAACAUUAAUUAUAAUCCCUUUGUUUUGAACGACAUAGUAAGACAGCAGAGACCUUUAGAUUCGAGGAAGAGAUUCCAAAUCCUAGUUCUCAGCCCAUUGGUUUAAAUCCCAGUCACUAAAUCUGAAAUCCCAUUUCAAGGGCUUAUUUUAAUUUGCGAACUGAACCGCAUAAUGAAGUAGCACUGAUUGAUGCUGUUUGGAUCAUGUAUCUUCCCCUGGACUGAAGAAAAUCUCUCAUUCUGCUGGUGAACAUUCUUUCUCUUCCAUCCCUUGUCUGCAUAACCAUAUUAACACCACUUCUGUCAUCUUAACUUUCACUACUCCUCCUUGUCUUUGUAUUUACAGCUUCUGUACCGACCCGAGCAGAGCACACAUGCACACACCUGAAAUACUUUAGAUGGCCUCUGUUUGACUUCUUUCUUUUGUCUAUUUUGGUUGUUUUACCAUAAAGCAAGCAUCUCAUGCUUUUACCAUUGUCUGCCAAUCUCACAUCGUCUGUUUUUUCGAGAACCCCUUGAGUUUCUCAUAAGUUAGAGGCAACUCACUCCAACUUUUUUUUCUAACGGUCUUUGUUUACUUUUUGUGUUUUUUACCCACGUAAGUUAUUGACUGCGUUGUCCGUCCAUGUAGGGGUGUCACAACUAGUGGAGCCUGAGGUUGAACGCGAUGAACUUUUAUUAAAGGCGUUGUUUAUUGUUCCUUUUUGAAAGCAUGACACUCGCUUGAUUACUCGGAUGAACAAAGAAAGCGAUUCACUUCGUCUGAACAUUUCCAUCUGUUCCUCAAUAGUCAGCGAUACGAACGGCGUUUGUUUGGGGUAACCUGUUUCAACGUGGUCCACAUGAAACAUUUCUGCUACUUAAUCAGCAAAUCCUCUCUUUGCGGCAGAAUCUUCAAUUAGCUUCAAUUCCACGACAUUUGAACUAUGUCACGCGCAAACAUGCACAUGUCAUUCCCUCUCAUGACAACAAAUCGCUGAACUGACCAUAGCAGCUUAAUGAUAACGGAGUUGCGGCGUUGCACUGGACACAAAGGCAAAUUAAAAAAAAGAAAAAAAGACGGACACGAUCAUACUUACUGCCGGAGGUCACUGGUACAGAAUAUUAUUUAUUUUAAGUUAAAAAGUAGGCACAUUUGAGCAGUUGCGUCAAAUAAUAUAGUCGAAGAUCGUGAAAGGAGGGAAAUCCCAUUACAAUUUUACGGUGAAAUUGUUUAUCCCUUUCCCAGUGGUUAAAUCCCAGCUCCAGUACAGUAAAUCUCAUUUUCCCAGUACAGAAAAAGGCAAAUCCCAGUUCCCAUUUUACCCCGGCUUCUGGACCCUCUUCCAAUACAAACCUCGAACUCGGCUAUAAUAAAAGGUUUUUACCUUUCUAUCGUUUUUUUGUUUCUUUGUUUUGUUUGCAAGGAUGCGUUGCAAGCGAAAUUAUCCCUAAACUAUCGCAAGAGUAUAUGGCUGGAAAAUUAAGUCUUGAGAAGCUCAUAACUCACACGAUGCCCCUGGAUAAGAUAAAUGAAGCUUUUGAUGUCAUGUUUGAUGGGAAAAGGUUUGUCACCAAA